AUGAAGCCUCCAUUUACCUCUUCAAUCUUGGCUUUGGCCACCGUUGCAGCCGCUGCUCCUACCGAUGAGAGACUGGAAGCACGUGCAACGCCGACAGUCUACUUAGCAGGCGAUUCGACUAUGGCGAAAGGUGGCGGUGGUGCUCAAACUGAAGGCUGGGGUGUAUACCUCCCAUACUCUCUCAAAGGAGUAACAGUCGUCAACGCCGCUAUUGGAGGGAGAUCCGCACGUUCAUAUACGGAUGAAGGACGCUUUACUGCACUUGCAGCAAAAGUUGUUUCUGGAGACAUUGUUAUCAUCGAAUUUGGCCACAAUGACGGAGGGUCACUAUCCACCACAGACAAUGGAAGAACAGAUUGUGGGGGCUCCGGAUCUGAGACUUGCACCACACCAGCAGGUGUAGUCGUCCAGACAUAUCCAACAUACCUCACCCGCGCAGCAAAAUUGAUGACUGCAAAGGGAGCACAUGUGAUCCUCAGCUCACCAACGCCAAACAAUGUAUGCGAGACAGGUACAUGCUCCUACACGCCAAGCAGAUUCACAGAUUACUGCAAGAUCGUCGUGAAGAAUGUUGGGACGACGGUUUCUUCAUUUAUUGAUCAUGGUCAAUACGUUGCAAAUAGAUACAUUGCAUUGGGUGCGGCUAAGACGACGGCUUUCUACCCUGUGGAUCACACGCACACGAGCCCGGCGGGUGCUGAGUCGGUGGCUGGACAGUUUGUUAAGGCUGCGUUGUGCUCGAAGAGUGUUUUGGCGCCGUAUAUCAAGAAUGCGACUGCAAGUGUUGCAGGAACUUGCGUUUAA